AUGAGGAGCUCCAAUCGCGGUGGGAUUGUGGGUUUGGAUGACGUCACCGCGGCGGCAACUUUCAACGGCAAGGUUGCCGGAAGGGGUUGUUUGGCGCAUUGCCUGGGCCUGGGCCUGGGCCUGAGGAUUUGUGUUACUCUUGUAGUUGCUUCUGUGCGUCGUGAAGAGCCAGAGACAAACAUGGCUUGUAGUUUCCAGAAGCUGUUUACUGUUGGAGAAGAGUUUGAUGACGACGAUGAUGAUGAUUUAUUAUCAGCAGCAUUGGUUGUUGAAAGCACAGCCAUCAGCUCAGCUGGAAUGACCCCCAGUGUUGGACUAAGGCCUAUUACUUCAACCCUUAGGACACCAGCUAGUUCAUAUUAUGAACCUGUAAAAUUGGCAUGCAUCUCUGCAGGUCAGAAAUAUUUUCAAUCAAAACCUGAUUCUGUGUCAAAUAAUACAACAAAUGAUGAAACUCCUGCAAAGAAAACAUUAACAGGAUCUUCUGAUGUUUCUUUGAAAGCACCGCAGUGGCCAAACAAACAGCACUUAACCUCUAAUUACAGGUUUGUUAGCAAUGCUGGGCAGAACAUCACUAUAAGAUCAAUCACGGAUAUCGACAAAGAAGAUGAUCUGUUCUGGUCUGGUUCUGAAAAGCUGAAUAAGACUGAAAAUAUAUUCAAUUCCACAAUGGGGAAGGGCAGGACUUCAGCUUCUUAUGAAGAGAGUCUUUCAACCUCUGGAAAUGUUUCUUCUCAAAUGUAUUCAGCAGGUGAUCUCCCACCAGGCAAAUUUCCGUGUUUGCCAAGAGCCACUAAUGUUCAGAGUGGAAUUUAUAAAGAUGGUCAAGCGAAGUCUGUAAUGAAUAAUUUUGAGGAUGCAAGUAAAGCUUACAAACAUCUUAAUCAAUCAUCACAUAAACUCAACCAGUGUCCAAUAAAUUUAAGCAAUGUUCGGAUUGGUGCUGUUGCAGUGGGAGGAACCAAGAAUUCGUCUGGUCACGUUACUGAUAACCGUUGCACGGAUGAAAUGUCUAAGACUCUGCCUGAGACUAAGUUAUGUACUCCUAUUCCAUCAAGCACAGUCACUGCAUCAAAAGAAUUAUUAACGCCAGUACCACAAAAUUCGUUAGGAAAGCAUAUAAUGGAUAAUACAAUUAGGCCAUGUAAAACUGUCUCCCCAAGUUUGAAAUUUGCACACCACCAUAAAAUGGGCUCUACUGAUUUAAAAAACUGUCCAAAUUCAAUGCCAAUUAGACCACGAACUUCUCUUAAUCGCUUAACCCCCAUAAUUACAGUUGGAGGCCUCAGAAGACCCAUUAUGUCCACAAGUCAAUCUCGAGCACUGAUGUGUACUAUAGAAAGCCCUACAGUUUCUGUAGGAGCUCAGUGUUCACCAGCAACAAAUCCAAGUUUUGUAGGAACUCCUGUAACCAAUCGCCUAAUUCAACUGGUAUCGGCUGCUAAUCAAUCACCAGAAAUUCUAAAGGUUGACAGACCUCGGGCAAAACGACGCUUCCCUGGACCUGCAGGAAUCCUUCCACAACAGCAUUAUGGUAAAAACCUGGAUGAAGUCUUGAUUUCAGUCCCACAGAUACCAACACAUGGUGCAGUGCCUAAACUAUGCCCUCAGGAAGAUCUGAGUUCUCAACAUUCAGUUGAAGAUGACUUUGGGAGAGGCCCAUGGGCUGCCAUGAAAGAAGAAUUAAGAUUGGAUGAAGGAGACACUAACUGUUUCCUUCGAAAUUAUAGCAUUGUCAUGGUUCUGCGGAAGGCGGCCUUAAAACAGCUCCCCAAAGGCAAGGUUCCUAACAUGGCCGUGCUUGUAAAGUCAUUGACACGAACAAACACGGAUGCCAGUGCCGUUUUUAAAGAUCCAUCAGGUGAGAUGCAAGGUACCAUUCACAGACAACUUCUGAUUGAUCAACCAAAUGAUUUAAAAGUUGGAACAGUGCUCCUCUUGAAGCAGGUUGGUGUAUUUUCUCCAUCACUUCGAAAUCAUUAUUUGAAUAUAACACCGAGUAAUGUGAUUAAGGUAUAUCCUCAAGGUUCUACUGUAUGCGUACAUAGCCAAAUUGCCCAAAGUUCUCAGAACAACUUUGGGCUUCAAUCCACUGUUGACUUAUUGGAAUCAAAAUGUAGUGAUUCUGUCACCACAGACAAAAUCUCCUACUCAGCCACUACAUCUUCCAGUACAGGAAAUGAAGGCUCACAGAUACCUGAAUGUAAAAGCAUGCCAUUACAGGGACAAUGUGAUGAAGAAUGGGAAGCAGAUGAUCUUGAUUUCCUGAUGGCUGAACUACCAGAGGAAUACUUCACUGCCCUUUGAACUUCCUGUUAAGUGUUGGAUUUAAUCCUGGAAAAAUGCUUAUUUAUCUCUUAUUAAACUGUUAAUUGUGUUAAAAUAUCUACUGAGUUUCUGAUGAUCAUAAAAUCAUCAGGACUUGCUUCUAACUGGACAUGAAAGUAUGAUUAUUAAGAAGACAUUCCCCUCCUAAAUGCGAACCUGCCUCUAUAAAGCCAUUUUCAGAUGUACCAAAGCAGUCUUCAUACAUUACUGUAAGGUAUACUCUUGGUCCAUUUUAAAUGAACUGAAAUGUUAAUUUACUGGUAAUUGUUAAUAUUUUGAUGUUUUUCAUUAAAUCUUGCUGUGUAUUGCUGAUUUUUGGAAAUUAUUAAAAUAUGAACUUUGUGUUAUUGUUAACUUGUCAAAGAAUGGAGACUCUUAAACUUGUAUCAAAAGGAAGUUCUGAAUCACAGAAGAAAAUUGAUCUUGCAGAACAGCUAAGUAACUCUCCCUGCAGUCUCCCAUUUCUAGAAUUUUCAGUAACCAUGAGGAAUAUUCCAAUAUACUCAUUUUUUACUUUCAUUCACCUUGAGAUCCUUUUGCUUUGGCGGUCGGAAGCUUUUCUAAUUGAAGUGUUCUUUGCAAAUUUGCACUGAAGGCAUUUUCAUUCCUCUGUGCAUAUUAGAUCAUCUAGCGAUAACCGGACGAGUACUCUGAAUUUCAAUUUACGUUAGUUUCUCCAAUCUACUAGUGAUAUUCAGAUUGUUUCCAGAUCAUGAAAACACAUUGGGUAAUUUGUGUUAAGGAGCUUUGCGCAAGUGCAAAAGUAAAUUGCUUUACAAACCAAUUUUAAAGGCAACAGCACUGGCUAGUGGUCAAAGUGUGCAUUAUUCCAGCUUCCAGCAUUUUUGCCUUUCAGCAUCAAUGCUGAACCCAGGGCCAUUGUUUUUUAAAACACAAGAGGUUCUUCCGAUGCUGGAAAUUCAGAACAGCAGACAAAAUGCUGGAGGAACUAAGCAUUUUCUAUGUAUCACUCUUUGUUUUUGUUGUGUCAAACAUACCCAGGCACUAAAUUGAAAUAGGAAACAGUUCUAAAACUUCAGCUCAUAAAUGUAACAUUUGAGAAUGUGCAGUUUGUGGAGGCCAAAAAAAGGAAAGAGUGGUAUCCAUAAAGUGUACAUAAAGGCUAGCAUCUCUACCAUUUAAGUAGUUUACAACCUUUAACACCACCUAAACAUACAAUUUUUCUAUACAGUACCUUAUGGACUGGGCUGUUGUCUCUCCCAGAUAAACUGGUGAGGAUGCUUGCCACAUUAUUUUCAGAACAGCUUUCAUAUUUCUGCUCAAAUUUAUUUCAUCUUCCUUUAAUCCCAAUUCACUAUAGUAUAACGAUACUGCUUGUUCCUGGGCGGCAGAAGCAUUUUGUCUUUCUCAACCACGUAAUUGGGAGAAGGAAAACUAAAGCUACAUUUCUUUGGAUGUUUAAGGAAAUGAUUAGCAAGGCCAUUGUUAAAAGUUUGGACUAUUACCCAUUACAAAAACAUUAUAAUACUUUUCUGAAAUUCUGAUUGCCUAUUCCUCAUUUGUAUUGUGGAAUGUCUCUUUCAACAAUGAUUUACUGUAUUUAUUGCCUUUUCUACUA